CACGACUUGUUGCAACGAAAGCAGGGUGGUCAGCUUGGAGUGAGCUCAUUGGAGAUGGUGGGUGAGAAAGGGCUGGUGAUGAGAUGUGCUUAAUGCGUGUGUAGGGUCCGGUUUCUGGGGAAGUUUCAGCUGACGCACUGAAAACUGCAGAAUUUGCAAGAUUCAAUGUGACAAGGAGCUGGAGAUUGCCGGUGAACUGGAGUUGUUUGCAGGAAGAGCUGCACUUUUGGGAUUCAAAAGGUUACGACCGAAUAGUCAUGGAACAUAAGGCGGAAAAGGACAUGGAGAAGGAGAGGAUUGUAGAUGUAAAGUCAGCUCCAGAAGAUGCUGAAGUCAAGGCCAGUAAGCCUUUGUACAGACGCUGGAAAUUCCGGUUAUGUUGCGGACUCGGAGUCGGAUUUGUCUUUCUGGUUGGCAUCCUCUUCAUCAUCCUUUUCUUUACAGUGUUCAAGGCAAGGGAUCCGAUCAUUUGGAUCAAUGGCGUGAGACUCGCUGACCUCAACAUCACUUACGGAACCUUUAUACCUCAUGUUCAAUUGAAGCUGGACAUGAACCUCACGGUUCAUAACCCUAAUAGAGCAGAUUACAAGUAUAGCAACAGCUCAACGAUUGUGUUCUACCAGCAGAUUCAAGUUGGCCAUGCUGACAUACCUGCUGGCCAACUCGGCGCUGGCAAAACGAAAACCCAGAUUGUGACGUUGAAUGUGCAAGCAGACAAGUUCCUUGAAGGCUCAAAUUUCACGAAAGACUUCGUUUCAGGUAUAAUUCCUGUAUCCGCCACGACGAGAGUAAGGGGGGAAGUGAACGUGCUCAACAUAUACAAGGGCCAUGGUGUGUCCUACUCCUGGUGUAACAUGUCUGUUUUCAUAGUAAAUCAAACGCUUGCCAGUUUCCACUGUAGUUACGCUCUUCAUCACGGGUAAAUCCCAAUGAUCUGAAGCUUAUGGGGCGAGUUUUUGAGAUUUUGCCAAAUACCGUAAUUAGAUGUCAUGACGGGAAACAGCAGGGGAGGCUUUGAUAGUUGCUUGGAUCUACGCAUGUUACCGAAUGUCUUUUCGGUGUGAUGAAAGCGGUGGAUUCACAUCUUUUCCACGAUCAUCUUAAGUUUUGAUCUAAAAGAGAGCUAGUCACGAUGAAUAUGUACAGGAUCUUAUACUGUCUAUAGCGGUGAAAACCACGAUCUCAUGGGACCAUGUGUCGGUGUUAUGUCAAAACUUUGAGGGACUGCUUUAUAAUAUCCACGAGGAAGAGUUAUACUAAAGCCUCCUUUCCUAUGCA